UAUACAUAUUAUUGUAUUUAUUGUAUGCAUAUAUCUUCACGUUGCUGUGCCAGUUAAUGGAAUUGGAAUAUUGGAUGAGCUGAGAUUUUAUUCUGAGCCAAAACGCAAAUGUAGCAAUACUUUGUUUUUUUAGAUAGACGUAGAGGGUAUCGAGAUCAAAUCGAAUAACCGCGAUACUUUUCUGCUUACAAAAUAAAGUUCAUUUAUCAUUGUUGUUUAAUUUUCUUAUCUAUUUUUGAUAAACUUAUACUUCGUCAAUAAUAUUUUUCUAAAGUACGUACAUAGUAUAACUUUUCAUAGUCCUCGGUUUUACUGAGAGUAUUUUUUAUGUUCGACAAAUCGCUAAUUUUUUGCAAAGCAAUCGAACGAUAUUUUUGGAUUAUUACAAUCCACAUGUGCACAAUAUGUAUAGGGCAAAGAGGUUGAGUUUUUUCCAGAGUCGCCUCACUUCACUCGACAGCCGUAUAUAAAACUACUUUUCCAUGGGAAACCGUAAAUUCUGAUGUUGCGAUGAAGUAGAAAAAUAUUCAUGUGAUCGGGUGAUCAACAUCUGUAAAUAAACUACGGAUCGUGAACGAUAACGAUCUUUGGCGGCUGUUACAGUGGCAAAAACCGGUACGCCGGUUCUUAUUGCUGCUUGUAACGGGUAAUACGAUGGUUUUUUUUUUUGCACUUCUGAAUAUAUUAGAAUUCGUAAUUUCGUUUAUUAUUUUAUUGUAAAUCGAAGGAUUCAGAUGUUUACUACCAGAAUGCGCCAGUUCAGAGCUUGUUCGCUGAUAUAUUUGCGCGCGUGAGUACCGGAGCCUCAGUAUUUCAUGCGCAUCGCAAAAAUAAAAGUGAUCAAUAUGAAUAUAAUUGUUACCUUAGCCAUUUUCGGCGUGAUUAGUUAUUCGGGACUGAUAGUUGAGAGUAAAGAUCUGAAUCAACGCCAUUGUGUAACCCUAGGCAAUACGACCGAUUACGUUGGUUUCUACAAGUGCUACGCCAUCUCCAAUUACCUCGAAAGUCUUGUACCGUUGCCUUCAAAUACCAGUGCAAUAUCAUUCACUUAUUCAACAAUUCCAGUUCUCAGGAACCGAUCUUUCGCUAGAUUUGGACAAAGCUUGCACACCCUUAUCUUCUAUUACGUAGAGCUCGUAGAAAUCGAAGACGAAGCGUUUCAGGGAAUUCCCAAAAUUGAGCUUCUCUUCCUGAUCGGCAAUAACUUAGAAGUGAUAAAGGGGAAGUGGUUUGACAAUCUCCCAGAGCUGCAUGCUCUUUCGCUAGCUGAAAAUCACAUUAAACAGAUACAAGGAGAUUUUUUCACAAGGCUGAACUCCCAAGAAUUCGGCUUGAGCAUCGCCAACAACGAGUUGACCUGCCUUCCAAGGGAGGAAUUCCGAGCGAAGUAUGACUCAUUCGAGGAGAUACUCCUACACGGAAACCACUGGACACCUGAAUGUUUAGCCUGGUUCGACACAUUCUGGAUUCCGAAAGCCCCUCUAUACUCAACGCCCACAGCCGAACGUGGCAGUCCAAGAAGUACAGAUUAUCCAGAGAAUGAGAUAAAUUGAAAUAUGAAAGACUUUGUAUCUGAAUUUUAUAUCAAGAUAAUCACUUGUAUCAUGUAUCAUAAUUGUUACGAUUAGCGAUACACAAAAUAUUAAUGAUAAUCAACAGACGGAUGUCCGCGUAUGCCAUUUGGAAGCAUUGUAAACUGCUGGAUCAAUUCUGAAAUAAAUAAAUUGUACUUUGUUCUUGAAAUA